AUGAGGGCGUCGUUCCUCCCACCGUGGUCCAAAAUCGCGCUCUGCGUGUUCGCAUGCGUGUGCUCCCUCGCGUACCUGUCCAAGGCCGCGGUGCACCCGGCCAUCGUCGCACCGCCGAAACCGGAUGACGCUUCUUCCGCGGAGGGCCAGUAUUCCGCGGAGGGCCGGUUUUCCGCAGAGGGUCAACAUUCCGCGCGGGGCCGGCAUUCCGCAGAGGAACGGCAUUCCGCAGAGGACCGAUAUGGCGCUGCCCCCCGACCACAGCAAGCGGCGGCGGCAGAGGAGGAGGAGGAGACUAAGGCCGCCGCCCCCGGCGUCCUGGAAGUAGGGGCUACUACCCCGGGGAGUGCCGUGGAAGAGGGGCAUGGCUCGUUGAGAUCGAGGGAAGGGGAAGUACAGGAGGGUAAGUCGCACGAGGACGGGAUCGACGGAACUCCCGACGGCGGCGUUGCGCUUGCCGGGGAUGGUGCCAGUAGGUCUGCUGCUUCUGUGGCGGCUACGGUCCAGUCGCCCGCGUCUCCAGGACAGUGCUGGGUUUUUAUGCACCUGCAGAAGUGCGGCGGGAGCACGGUAAAGGACCUGCUGGAAGACAGGUGGGGGUCUCGCUUCUUCAUCUACGACUCGAUGCGGUGGAAGUUCGGGGACGAGUUCUCGGCGAAGUUCGGUGCGAAACUGGCCCUUGGAGACAAGUGGAACGUCAUGACCGGCGGGUACACCGAGGCUCUCAGAUUAUCCGAACCCGUCGGCGCCGGCUGCCGGUUUUUCACGCUCUUCCGACACCCGAUCGCGCGUAUGGUCUCGGCCUACUUCUACUGCCGGUCCGUCUCGGGCGACGUGGCCUGCGCCUCUGAGGUCAUGCAAGCAAAGGACGUGGACUUGCUAACCUUCGCCAAGCACUGGGGAAACUUCGCACUCCGGCAGUUCGCGCUAGGCUUCGUGCCCUCCGAUGACGUACAGGAGUAUCAGCUGAAAAUGUACCUGGAAAGGCCUCAGAAGGAGGAUGGGGGUGUGUUGGGGCAGAGAGAGGCAAUGACGGCCCACCAGGACGCUGCUGCUACUCCGGACGCCCCGCUGUACGAACUGCUGCAGCCGGCGAUGGACUUGGUUCGUGACGGCUACGUGGCGGUUGGCAUUCUAGAGCAAUGGAACACCACCCUCCGGCUCUUCGACCACACGCUGGACAUGCCGGUGAUGAACUGGGAGGAGCAAUUCGCCGAGAGCGGGAAGCAUCACGUAGACAUCGUAAACAAGCAGCUCGAGAUAGAGACGCUACAGCAAGCCUGGACGGACUCCGAGCUAAAGAAGUACAUGCGGCUCGACCUGCUGCUGUAUGAGCACGCCGUCGACGUUUUCCACCAACAGGCACGCAGCCACGGUCUACUAUGAGAGGGCGGAGUGGGUGUGUGCCAAGGGCCGGGGGCUCGACGAAUGGUGGAGGGGCGGGGGGGUGGGGGGGCUAUACUCAAUUUUGCCGAGGGGUGUACUCGUUUUUUGCGUCAGUCGGCCGUGUGUCGUCUUCUCCACCUGGAAGUCUUGGCAUCGCACGUCGUGGAGUUGCGGCCUGAUCAGACAAUGGAUAAUGGGGAGACGGGAACAGACUUGAAAUUGGGAUUCUAUGUUUUUUAUUUUCUGCUGCACCCUCUGUCGGCUGCGUUGUAGCUUACGUAUUUGUGUUUCCGUUCUGAUCCUGCCAUGUGCGUGUCCUUUGUUUGAGCGCGAAACGGGAAAUCAAUCGUUGCACCAGAAUAUUGUCCUGGAUGGAAAUACAUGCAGUGCUAUUUAUUCGGUUUGAUGCGUAUGUUUUGUAAUUUUCUGGCCGGUUUGUUUUUGUUCGACAGUUGCACCAGAAUUCUCCUGGGUGGAGAUAAAUGCAGUGCCAUUUGUUCGUUUUAAUGCGUAUUUAAAUAUGACUUGCUUUCUGUAUGGUGCUUGUGUUCCUCGUUGAUUCAGUACGAAAUUUGCAGGGGAUGUGAAAUGGAACUGCAUGAUGUGCGUUCGGUACAUAUAUUCGAGUGCCUUUGCUACUGUACGUCAAUUGCAAGAACAGGAAACAGAUCCAGAUAACGGGCCUUUGACUUCGGAUGUAGAGGAGCACGUGCGUCACAAUUGAUGUCUUUUCUGACGCGCUGCAUGAUCACUUGUGAGAUUUUUGUUCGUCCAGCAGUUUUGUUCUUGUUUUGGUGUUUUCACGCUUGCGUAACCUACCGUUCUUUCUGUUUAUUUUUAUUUCCGCGCGCUUAAGCUAGAAGGGGUCGGUGGGGGGGGGUAUCAGACUUGACGUGCCUUGUUCUGCUCCGCAUAUGGAUGUGAGUGUUUCGUUGGGGGUGGUGGUAGAGUAGUGCAUUAGACACGAGUCGCAGAAGACGAGAUCAUCUAUCUCCUAUCGUAGACCGAGCAGCAAGGUUCGCUAGGUUUAAGAUAGGCGAAGAGAUGAACUCCCAUAUUUGGAGCAUCUGCACACGAUGCGUCGAGCAGUUGGUAAGUGGUGUGAACGACAGGGGCGUGAGGUUCUGCCGAUGGCCACAACAUGUAUCAAUAUUUACCAACUGACUGGUGACCUCUACCCUAGGCCGUAUGUUAUCGUCGUAGGGCUGGUUCAUAUGCGUAGCUUCAACGAGUUUAGUUGCUGGAAGGAAAGGAUGUCGUACUCCUCGUGUCUGCGAUGUGUUUACUUUCAGCUGUGUGAUGUUGGAAACGUUGAUUUCCUGCACUUUCUUGCGUUUGUGUAUGCUUGCCACUAGGCCGCAGUAGAGUAAUAGCAGGCUUCUCUACACGAAAGCAGCGGCAGCGAGCGACGUCUUCUUUUUGUUUUUGCAGAUUUUCGACUCGUCACAAAAAUGCGGCGACCGCACUUCGUCUUUUCUCCUUUGUUAGUAUCUUUUUGUAAUUUAUGCGUAAGUAGACAGCACCAGUGGCGGUCUUCGCAGUGCCUUUGCGUGACAUUGCCACCGCUCUCGAAAACGCCGCCAGCGAUUCAUAUUGCAGCGUCGUUGAGGUACUGUUGUAGCGUUCAUACCGCCAUCAAGAUUUUUGUCUGAUGAGCUCGGCGAAUCAGUUUGGUAUGAUAUGUGUGUACGGUAUGCCAUGUUGUACUUUGUAUGUGGCACCUUGGUAUCUCGUAGCGGUAGGCAGUUAGUGUUGGAUCGCUCUUUGGGUGAUUGGAGGUAUGCAUGCGCGUGGGGGGCAUGUCGCAGGUGGUGAUUUCUGCUGCUUUCACGUUGACGGAACGGUUCGAUAACCAACUCAACGUGCGUUGACUUAUGAGCAAGCCGCUUUUGGUAUGUUGAUUGCCUACAGUAGUCUACAGAAAACGACGAGUUGGGUUCUCCUAUGCAUAUACAUACAGUUAGCUUCUGUAUCCUUUGGUGUUGCUUUUUUGGCCAGGGGUACACUGGAAGACGGAAGAAGGUUGUUCUUUGGUGCACGCUUAAAACUGGGAUAGGCUUCAUCAAGAGCGAGCUUUCGAUGGAAAUCCGGGUUGCAAGGAGUUGGAAAUUGGAAAGACAGCUUGCUCAUUUGCUCGCCGAAAAACAAAAACAAUGCCCCGCUUUUAGCGCAGGGACAAAGCAGGGAGGAAAUGUAAUGUUCCGCAUUCCUCUAAGAGACGGUCUCUAGAAAGUCUCACAGAACGGUAAAAAAAUGUGAAAUGAAUGAAUGGUCUUUUUCAGUCC